AUGGCUCUGACACUCACUUUCGCUUCCUCCCUCCCAGCUCCAGUCCAAGCAUCGUCCAGAUCCUCUAGGAAGACCGACCCGUACGGAAAGAAGACUGGUUCUUCAACCUGGUGGGCCCCACUCUUUGGUUGGUCUUCCUCUCCUGAUUACAUUAACAGCGGUAGUGCCGGUGGCACAAGCGAUGAUGUACCAGACAAGGAAUCCGGGUUAUUGGGUUCGGAUAAGGGACCAGGACCCAGAUCGAGGUUCGCUCUGGGGUCCUUCACUGAAGAGAAAGCGAAGCAGCUUAGAAGGAAGACUAUAGAGGGUAGCACGUUUCACGACAUGAUGUAUCACUCGGCGAUAGCAUCUCGUUUGGCUUUGGAUGGAUCGGGUCGGCCCGAGAAAUUGCAGUCCACUCCGGCGUGGAUUGAUAGGAGAAAGAAAGGAGACAUGCUUGACGCGGUGGAGUUGGGCUUUGACUAG